CCGCUCCUUUGUGAGUGAACAUUAUAAUCUUUGCUUUACUCUGAGUGAAGGGCAAGGAACCUCUUCAUAAGAUCCAGAAACAUCCUCAUAUUUCUCGGCAAUCUUUUUCCCCAUUUCGCAUCAGAAAUCACAAGAAAUCAUUAGAAAUGGGAUCCCGAGGGAUUGGUAGUCUAAUCAAAGUACUCCUGCAGAACUUCGAUGUUCUUGCCGGGCCCGUGGUUAGUCUGGCUUAUCCUCUAUAUGCUUCUAUCAGAGCUAUUGAGACGAAGAAUCCCGUGGACGAUCAACAAUGGCUUACCUAUUGGGUUCUCUACUCUAUGAUUACGCUUUUCGAACUUACAUUUGCGAAAGUUCUUGAGUGGUUUCCAGUCUGGUCAUAUGCAAAACUGAUCUAUACCUGCUGGUUGGUCAUACCUUACUUUAGUGGUGCUGCAUAUGUGUACGAGCACUAUGUUAGGCCAUACAUUGUUAAGGGACAAGUUGGUAGCAUCUGGUAUGCGCCCCGAAAGAAGGUUGUUUUCGCUGAACGUGAAGACAUUAUAACCGCAGCGGAAAAAUACAUUAAAGAAAAUGGAAGUGAAGCAUUUGAAAACAUAAUCCACAAGGCUGAAGUUCAAUCCAAGUAUAGAAACAGCAAUUAUGUGUUUGACGAUGAAGGCUAUAGAUACUGAGCCUUGUGAGCUUCUCCUGGGACACCUUUGCUGUGUAGUUUUAUUGUAAAGAUAUGGCAUUUUAACUGAUGGCCUACUCUGUUUUUGGGUAAUAGUUAGUCCCUCAUGUAGUACUUCAAUAUAAUCUGACUCUAUGUUGACAAGUUAA